GUGACGGGCGUUGGGUGCGCGGGGCGACGGGAGCCGAGUGAGGCGGAGGCUGCCGGCCGCCCCGGAGCUCGCAGCGGCGGAGCAGCACCAGCACCACCAGGCUGAAGCGGUCCGGCUGGGGCCAGCGCCAGCAGCACCAUGUCGCGCGGCUCGAUCGAGAUCCCCCUCCGGGACACUGACGAGGUCAUUGAGCUUGACUUCGAUCAGUUACCGGAGGGGGAUGAAGUUAUAAGUAUCCUGAAACAGGAACAUACUCAGCUGCACAUAUGGAUUGCCUUAGCGUUGGAAUAUUACAAACAAGGAAAAACAGAAGAUUUUGUGAAACUGUUGGAAGCUGCACGAAUAGAUGGUAACUUGGAUUAUAGGGACCAUGAAAAAGAUCAGAUGACAUGCUUGGAUACUCUGGCAGCAUACUAUGUACAGCAGGCACGGAAGGAAAAGAAUAAAGACAACAAGAAGGAGCUUAUUACGCAAGCUACCCUGCUGUAUACUAUGGCUGACAAAAUUAUCAUGUAUGAUCAGAAUCACUUGUUGGGAAGAGCCUGCUUCUGUCUGCUGGAGGGUGAUAAAAUGGACCAGGCUGAUGCCCAGUUUCAUUUUGUGCUCAACCAGUCUCCAAAUAAUAUUCCAGCCCUCCUUGGUAAAGCAUGCAUUUCGUUCAACAAGAAAGAUUAUAGAGGAGCCCUUGCCUACUACAAGAAAGCACUGCGAACGAACCCAGGUUGUCCAGCUGAGGUUCGAUUAGGCAUGGGCCAUUGCUUCGUGAAACUGAACAAGUUGGAAAAAGCUCGUCUGGCAUUCAGCAGGGCUCUGGAGCUCAAUUCGAAAUGUGUAGGGGCUUUGGUUGGAUUGGCUGUUCUAGAGCUCAAUAACAAAGAG